AUGGCGCGGGGAGAUUCCCCGCAGGACAGCUACCACCUAGUCGGGAUCAGCUUCUUCAUCCUGGGCCUGGGCACCCUGCUUCCCUGGAACUUCUUCAUCACCGCCAUCCCGUACUUCCAGGGACGGCUGGUAGAGGCCAACAGCACAGCUGGGCCCCUGGGCACCAACCACACGGAGCCCGUGGACACCUUCAGCUUCAACAACUGGAUGACACUGCUGUCCCAGCUGCCACUCCUGCUCUUCACCUUGCUCAACUCCUUCCUGUACCAGUGCAUCCCGGAGACAGUGAGGAUUCUGGGCAGCCUGCUGGUCAUCCUGCUGCUCUUCGCCCUGACGGCGGUGCUGGUCAAGGUGGACAUGAACCCUGGGACCUUCUUCUCCAUCACCAUGGCCUCCAUCUGGUUCAUCAACUCUUUCGGCGCAAUUCUGCAAGGCAGCCUCUUCGGGCAGGUGGGCACCAUGCCCCGCACCUACAGCACCCUCUUUCUCAGCGGCCAGGGCCUGGCUGGUAUCUUCGCCGCUCUCGCCAUGCUUCUGUCUAUGGCCAGUGGCGUGGACGCCCAGACCUCCGCCCUGGGGUACUUCAUCACACCCUGUGUGGGCAUCCUUAUGUCUAUUGUGUGUUACCUGAGCCUGUCCCAUCUGGAGUUUGCCCGCUACCACCUGGCCAAGAAGCCAUCCCAGCCCCAAGCUCAUGAGCUAGAGACCAAAGUUGAGCUUCUCCAGUCUGGUGAGAAUGGGAUUCCCAACAGCCCCCAGGAGCCAGCGCUGACGCUAGAUCUCACCCCUGAGAAGGCGCCAGAGGAGCCCCAGAAGCCAGGGAAGCCGUCUGUCUUCACAGUCUUCCAAAAGAUCUGGCUGACGGCGCUGUGCCUUGUGUUGGUCUUCACAGUCACUCUGUCCGUCUUCCCCGCCAUCACAGCCAUGGUGACCAGCUCCACCAGUCCCGGGAAAUGGAGUCAGUUCUUCAACCCCAUCUGCUGUUUCCUUCUCUUCAACAUCAUGGACUGGGUGGGACGCAGCCUGACCUCUUACUUCCUGUGGCCAGACGAGGACAGCCGCCUGCUGCCCCUGCUGGUCGGCCUGCGUUUCCUGUUUGUGCCCCUCUUCAUGCUGUGCCACGUGCCCGAGAGGUCCCGGCUGCCCAUCCUCUUCCCCCAGGACGCCUACUUCAUCACGUUCAUGCUGCUCUUUGCCAUCUCCAACGGCUACCUGGUGUCCCUCACCAUGUGCCUGGCACCCAGGCAGGUGCUGCCUCAGGAGCGGGAGGUGGCCGGCGCCCUCAUGACUUUCUUCUUGGCCCUGGGGCUCUCCUGUGGAGCUUCCCUGUCCUUCCUCUUCAAGGCUCUGCUCUGA